AUGCCAAAAAUAGCGUUAGUUGUAAUAUUCACUAGAGCGGGAUUGGACCUGGACCCAGUAGCGUUGAAAAAACUGUACUGUAGAAUGUUAUUCCUUGCUCUCAUCCCGUGGUGUACCGAAGCAGUCGURAUCGCGGUGACUAUUAACUAUUUUUUGAAUAUACCGUGGUCGUUUGCUAUAUUUUGCGGAUCGAUUAUCGCUGCUGUGGCUCCGGCCGUAGUAGUCCCUUGCCUAUUUCGGCUGAGAACGAAGGGGUACGGUGUGGCCAAAGGGAUCCCGACGUUGAUCAUAGCUGUCGCUGGGAUGGAUGACGCUGCAUCAGUCAUAGCUUUUGGAAUUGGCAACAGCAUGCUUUUUGGUGCAAGUACGACAAAUUCAAUUACUACUGAUUUAUUGUUAAGACAAAGCUUAAUGCCAAUAGGAGUUGGGAUAUUGUAUGGUUUAGUUUUGGGUUUUAUUGUUAAGUACGUCCCAGAAAGAACUGAYCCUUACGUGGUACCACUGAGAAUUUUAAUGUUGUCUGGGGGUGGAUUAUUAGCUGUAUUGGGUUUUGAACAUAUAGAAUUAGAAGGCGCUGGUCCAUUAGCAGUGAUCAUUGCAUCGUUCACGUCARUUUAUUUUUGGACUAAACAAGGAUGGAAUAUCGAAAAAAACCCAGUGGCAACGGCUUUUGAAAUAUUUUGGAUGAUUUGCGAACCAAUACUGUUUGGAUUGACAGGCACACAGAUUGUAUUCAAAGAACUUGACCUGGACAUCGUAACGAAAAUUGUUGUGUGUGUCGCCAUCGCUUCUGUGUCACGGAUUUUCAUAACAAUCAUAACAGCGUCUGGGAGUUCUCUGAAUUUUAAAGAAAAACUGUUUAUCGCAUUAUCGUGGAUGGCCAAAGCAUCUGUCCAAGCUGCCCUAGGUUCAGCCGUUGCUAAUUCAAAGCCAAAUAGUAAUAAUGAUAAUACAAAUAAUACUGUCACUAAGUACUCCAAGGACAUCGCAACAGUGUGCAUCAUCUCCAUUCUAUUGACCGCUCCGAUGGGUGCGAUCAUCGUUUCUCUGUCGGGUACCAAGCUUCUGACCAAGGCCAAGCCCAGCAACGAACAGUGGCGCCAUGGUCCUAGACCCUCAAUUCACGAUAUCACGCUGAACAGCGAGGAUGAGGAUUACGGUACCAGCGUGAGCAACGAUCAAGUGCAGGAUAGCGACGUGGCGAAUGUGGAUUAUAUGAUCGUGGACCAGAAAACGAACACGAAUUUGAAUUUUGACCUAAGUUUAUUAUAAGUACAUGAUUUUUUUUUGGAAAUUU